UUAUUUCCCUCUCCCUCUCUCUCUCUCCCUCUGACACUUUCUCUAUAUUGAUGCUGGUUUUGUAUAACAAUCUCAUUGUUUUGGGUUUUGUAUAACAAUCUCGAACUGAAUCCAUCAUGUCCGUUCUCCCAUCGUGCUUAUCCUUCUUCUCUUCGCCAGCCUCCCCAGCUCUCCCUCCUCGCUGGAUUUCUCCGGCGGCCAUCCUUCCGAUUCGUUCUUCUUCUUGCAGGGCUUUAGACCUCUCUCCUCUGCCUCUCGCCACUGCAUCCUUUGCAGGUCCUUGCUUCUCUGGAAGUGGUAGCCGCCGCCACCGCCGCCGCAGACGCACCCUCUCUUCCUGCUCGCUCAUGGAACCCCUUACUCAAAGUUCCAUUGCCAAGGAUAGCCUUUCUUAUGCAAGGGCGUACUGGGUUUCUAGAUCUAUCAUUGCUUGGAAUACAGAUGCUGAUGAUUAUUCUGUCUAUCUCUAUGCUAGUGAAGGGGCCAAAUUAAUGGUCACAGAGACUAGUGUUGAAGGUCAGGAUGUGAAAUUCCAACUUGAACUUGAUGAGUGUGGGCUCCCAGAAAGUGUGGCAAAAAAGUUUCCUCAUAUAAUGAAUUACAAGGCUUUUAAGGUUCCUCAUGCAAUGGAUGUGGAGAAGGUUCUCAAGUGUCAACUAGCAAUUGCUGCUUUCUCUGAUAAUGGGCAAUUGAAGAAUGCUACCAGUUUGCAGUUACCAGGAGUCUUGGAUGACAUGUUUGCCUACUCUGGUCCUCUUGGAGCUGUAUUUAAUGAGGAGGCUAUUAGGCUUUACCUUUGGGCUCCUACUGCACAAGUGGUAAAUGUUCUUCUCUAUAAGGAUCCAUGUGGCGGGGAUCCUUUGGAGUAUUUACAACUUGAGGAACGAAAUGGUGUUUGGAGUGCUCUUGGACCCAAAAGUUGGGAAGGUUGUUAUUAUGUGUAUGAAGUAGUGGUUUAUCAUCCAAGCACCUCGCAAGUUGAGACAUGCAUAGUGAAUGAUCCCUAUGCUAGAGGGCUUUCUUCAAAUGGAAUGCGAACACUAUUGGUAAAUAUUGAUUGUGAAAGCUUAAAACCCACAGGCUGGGAUAAAUUGUACCAUGAGAAGCCAGACCUUAUUUCCUUUUCUGACGUCAGUAUAUACGAGCUACACAUCAGAGAUUUCAGUGCAAGUGAUGGCAGCAUUUAUCCUGAUUUUCGAGGAGGCUACCUUGCUUUUACUUUGGAGGAUUCAGCAGGUAUAGCCCACCUAAAAAGACUGUGUAAUGCUGGUCUCACUCAUGUGCAUUUGCUGCCAAGUUUCCAUUUUGCUGGUGUUGAUGAUAACAAGGAGAAUUGGAAGCUUAUUGAUGAUGCAGAAAUGGAGAAACUGCCCCCAGAUUCUGACAUUCAACAAUCUAAGAUUGAAUCUAUAAAAGACGAAGAUGGUUAUAAUUGGGGGUACAACCCUGUACUUUGGGGGGUUCCAAAAGGAAGCUAUGCCACCAAUCCAAAUAGUUCUUGUCGUAUUCUUGAAUUUAGGAAGAUGAUUCAGGCUCUGAAUCGCAUUGGACUUCGUGUUGUGUUGGAUGUUGUCUACAAUCACUUGAAUGGAAGUGGCCCCAAUGACGAAACUUCUGUCCUUGAUAAGGUGGUUCCUGGAUAUUAUCUUCGGAGGAAUAAUGAUGGGUUUAUUGAGAAUAGCACAUGCAUCAAUAAUACCGCUAGUGAGCAUUUUAUGGUAGAGCGUUUGAUUAUCGAUGAUAUUUUAUGCUGGGCAGUUGCUUAUAAGGUCGAUGGAUUCAGAUUUGAUCUCAUGGGGCAUAUCAUGAAGGGUACUAUGAUGAAAGCAAAAGAUGCUCUUCAAAACCUGGAUGUGGAUGUGAAUGGAGUAGAUGGCUCAAAGAUUUACAUAUAUGGUGAAGGAUGGGAUUUUGGUGAAGUUGCAUACAAUAAGCGUGGGAUCAAUGCAUCACAAUUCAAUAUUGGUGGAACUGGGAUUGGGAGUUUUAAUGAUCGAAUACGAGAUGCGGUUCUUGGUGGAUCUCCAUUUGGUCAUCCACUUCAACAAGGCUUUGUCACAGGCUUAUCCUUACAGCCUAAUGGGCAUGACCAUGGUGAUAAACCAACGACUAAGAGAAUGCUUUCUUCAUCAAUGGACCACAUUCAGGUUGGCUUAGCUGCUAACUUAAGAGAUUAUGUUCUGACAAGUCACAAUGGGGAAUCGUUAAAAGGGUGUGAAGUUCUUACUUAUUCUGGGGUGCCAGUAGCAUAUGCUCUAUCGCCAACUGAAACUGUAAAUUAUGUGUCUGCUCAUGAUAAUGAGACUUUGUUUGAUAUAGUUAGCUUGAAGACCCCAAUGGAGAUCUCUGUAGAUGACAGAUGCAGAAUAAAUCAUUUGGCUACAAGUAUUGUAGCACUUUCACAGGGAAUCCCUUUUUUUCAUGCUGGUGAUGAGACAUUGCGGUCCAAGUCACUCGAUCGUGAUUCUUAUAACUCCGGUGAUUGGUUCAACAGGCUUGACUUCACUUAUGAGUCGAACAAUUGGGGUGUCGGUCUUCCUCCUAGAGAAAAGAAUGAAAAGAACUGGCCCUUGAUCAAACCAAGACUUGGGAAUCCAUCUUUCAAGCCACAUAAAACACACAUCCUUGCUGCAGUUGAGAAUUUUGUCGACAUGUUAAAAAUUAGAUACUCUUCGCCACUUUUCCGAUUGAGGACUGCAAAUGCUAUUCAGGAAAGGGUACGUUUCCAUAACGUGGGACCUUCAUCGAUCCUCGGAUCGAUUAUUAUGAGUAUUGAAGAUGGACACAAAGGAGUGCCUGGCAUAGCUCAACUUGAUCCAUUAUACUCUUUUAUUGUCAUCGUAUUCAAUGCAAGGCCGACCGAUGUUUCAUUGUCAAUCCCAACAUUAACUGCUAAACGACUUCAGUUGCAUCCUGUUCAGUUGAAAUCAAAAGAUAAAUUAGUGAAGCAAGCUUCAUAUGAAGACUCAACUGGUUGCUUCACCAUUCCCCAAAGAACAACUUCUGUAUUUGUUCAACUUCGUAGCAGUUGAGAAUAAAGCUAUUAGGAUUAAAUCAUGUGAAGAAGCAGGAGAUUUCAAACUUAAUAAUUUUAUUUAAGUUGUAUGUUUAUUAUGUAUUAUCUUGUAUAACAAACUAUUUAUUAUUCUUGUAGCAUGAAUAAACCUUUUGAGUUCAGGUUGGAAUAAAUUGAU